GUUUUUGUGUUUGUGGCUCUCACGCUCUUGUGUGUCUCUUUUGAUUCAUUCAAACAAAUACAAAUCUAAUGGUUUGAAGAAUUUGAGUUGCAUGCUUUAAUUACAAUUGUCGUCUAUAAUCUCUCAAAAUUCCCAUUCAAAGAUCGGUUAAUUAGUGGUUAUGGUUAAUCUUUCUCGGAUUAUCAUCAUCUACUGAGAGAGUUAAAGAAGAUUUUUUGUUUUAGAGAUGAAUUUCACAGAAUCAAUGAACGUUGUGCACAAACGAAUCCAAGAACUUGAGCCAGAGAAUGCAUCAAAGAUCAUUGGUUAUCUCUUAUUGAUGCAAGACAAUGGAGACCGUGACAUGAUCCGUUUAGCUUUCUGUCCUGAUUCUGUGAUUCAUUCUGUUAUCAAUUGUGUUAAAUACGAAUUAGCUAAAAAUGCUCAUCAUUACCACAGCCCUCCUUCUUCUGAUCACAUUCCUUCUACUCAUAAAUUCGGGUCAUUCGCGGGUUCAUCGCCUCUUUCGGUUUCGGUUUCUCCUCCUAUGAAAACCGGUUUCUGGGAGAAUUCGGCCGAGAUGGAUUCCUUGCAGAACAAUGUUCAGUUCUUGAAUUUUGAGGAUUCUUUGACAAGUCCUGAGUUCUCUAACGGGUUCUUCUCUCAAGAACGUCAAUGUUUGCCUUUGAGAACGAGCAGGAGAUCGCCGAGUUUACCCGAGUUCCCGGUCAAGAUCUGCCAUUACUUUAACAAAGGGUUUUGCAAGCACGGUAACAACUGUAGGUACUUCCAUGGUCAGAUUAUACCGGAGAGGGAGAGUUUUGCUCAGAUGUUUAAUCCUAAUAAUAGCCUAAGUGAUGAAGAGCAUGUUGUUUCCCCUGGAUCACUUGAGAAGCUAGAAGGAGAGAUCAUUGAGUUACUAAAAUCUAGAAGAGGCGCUCCAAUCUCCAUAGCUUCUUUGCCUAUGAUGUACUACGAAAAAUACGGUAGGACUCUUCAAGCUGAAGGAUACCUCACAGAGUCACAAAGACAUGGCAAAGCUGGCUAUAGCCUUACCAAGCUUCUUGCUCGCUUGAAGAACACCAUCCGCCUCAUCGACAGGCCUCAUGGUCAGCACUCGGUUAUAUUAGCUGAAGAUGAAUCAAAGUUUGUCGAAUACACGGGAGAAAGAAACGAACAUGGAGCGAUCCUCGCUGGUUCAAGACAGAUUUACUUAACAUUUCCGGCAGAGAGUAGUUUCACUGAACAUGAUGUCUCAAACUACUUCUCCAAAUUUGGACAUGUAGAAGAUGUGAGGAUACCUUGCCAGCAGAAAAGAAUGUUUGGUUUUGUAACAUUUGCUUACACAGAAACUGUCAAACUCAUUCUUGCCAAAGGCAAUCCUCAUUUCAUUUGCGGUGCUCGUGUCCUCGUCAAGCCUUACCGGGAAAAAUCGCGCUCUAGUAGAUACCUUGACAAUAACAAGCCUCUACAAGGCAUGCGAUAUGGCUCUCAAUUCAUUGACAGAGACAUAGAGAUGAACACAUUGCCACCGCGGGUUAGUGAGAGCUCUAGAAUAAUGAGGAAGCCAUUUCCUAAUGAACAUGAACAAUCAGUUUCUAAGUCAUUACCUACUAAUUACUCCUACCUUGGCUUCUCUUCGGAUGACUUCAAGCUAACAUCAAAUGCUGAGCAAGAGGAACAAGCGGAACGGUUGAGCUAUCUAUUGGACUAUUUGAACACCGAAGAUAAUGUCAUGAACAUAACCACUAACUACAGAGACAAUGAUCGGAGAACUCAUUGUGAAUCGUUGGACAGUCAAGUCCUGAAUCUACCCGAGAGUCCGUUUUCUUCCCUUUCGGGGAAGGAGAUUUCGACGGUUACAUAGUCAGAGAGAAAGAGACUGAUACAUAACCAAAAGAAGAGAAGAACAUAGGAGCAUAAAGGUUAGAGGGAAUCCCCAAAGAUCUAAUCAAAUUAUCCGUCGGCGAAAAAAAAGAGAUUUGGUUUUAUUUUUCAUUAUCUUCUUUCGGUUUUUCGACUGAUCGAUGGCAUGGCGAAUUUAGGUCUUUUUAGCAAUAACACUACAAAGAAGAAGGAAUAGAGAAACACCACAACAAAGAGCUACUGGUUUGCUUCAAAAGUUACAAUAAGAGCCGACCAGUUUGUGAAACAUAAAGUAAAAGGGGUAUUAUAAUAAUAAUAAUUGGAGACGUUUAUGAAAGGGUUUGGUUAAUCUUCUAUUUGUGUUUGUUUCUUUUUCAACUUUUUUUUCUUUAUCAUAUAAUCUCAUUGUACCAUUGGGGAUGCCUUUAGUUUUUAAGCAAGAAGGAUUAGUGUACAUUA